UUAACUUACAGCUAUAGCUCCACAAUAACUUCAUUCACUAGUAAAUUGCAAAAGCUACAAUUAAUUUUAUACAUGGAUUCAUUUGUCGAAUCUAAAUAUAUCAUUCAUUCACUUUCACCCAUUGAUCAUCAUGAAACAACUACAACCUCAUCUCUAAGUACUUCUGAUUACUCUUCUGAACCAGAAGUGCUAAUGUUGGCUUCAGAAAACCCGAAAAAACCGGCGGGGAGGAAGAAGUUUAAGGUGACCCGACACCCGGUUUACCGAGGAGUAAGAAGUAGAAACAACGGUAAAUGGGUUUGUGAAGUGAGACAUCCAGACACACAGUCUAGGGUAUGGCUAGGGACACAUCCAAAUGCUGAAAUGGCAGCUAGAGCACAUGACGUGGCAGUUUUAGCCAUGCGGGGUCCAUCCGCGUGUCUCAAUUUCCGGGACUCGGUAUACAGGUUACCUGUCCCGGAAUCAAGCAAGAUAAAAGAUAUACAAAAAGCCGCGGCAAAGGCCGCGGAGGCGUUUAGAUAUACCGAGGUAGUGGUGGUGAUUGAGCAACGGAGGCCGGAGAUAAGUAAUAAUAAUAAUUAUAAUUAUAUGGAUGAAGAAGAGGUGUUUGGGAUGCCAGGGUUUUUUGCCAGCAUGGCGGAGGCACUCAUGGUACCACCACUAAUUGAUCAGACGGUGGGGUAUACUUCUUCUAGUUUUGUCGAUAAUAAUAUGGAUAUUUUCGUCGACAUGUCUUUAUGGAAUGUGUAGGGUUUUUUUUUUUUUUGUUUGUGCAAGUGUGAAUUAUUUUUUAUU